GGAAGGGGACUGCGGGGCUGGGAAAGGAGGCGGGAUAAGAAGCGAGAGGGGCCGUUUCUCCUGCGUGGAAAGUGCCGCGGCGGACGCACAGAGAGCCGCUUCUCUUUCCCUGUGCGGAUGAAAACAAACAGCAGCCAUGGCGGCGGUGACAGAAGCUCUGGGUGACUGCGAAAGGCCGCGGUUGUGAGGCACCUCCGGCCCCCGCGCAACUUCCAGUAAAGAGGCUGAGGGCGUGACAGGCGAAAGGCCCGGUCGCUCGAAGCCCUCCUCCACUGGGCGCCACGGCCGAGGACCCCCUCGCGGACCAGGAGCAGGAGACAUCCUCUCGUGCGGAGGCGUCGUAUUUUGGCCUUUACACCGAGGUCUGACUGGCAGGACGACGGCGACCCUGGUGUCCCUCCUGCCUUAUUGUUUUCCCGGCUGAGGACUCCAACUUUCGAUCUUGCGCUACUAUAGAAGCUUCAGCUGCUGAACCAGUUGGAUGGCAAAUUCGCCGACCUGAGCAGAGGCGAGAACUGGACUGUCCUGAAGACCAGUCUCUCCACUUCAGAAGGACCCCGCUUGGAUUGCUGAGCUGACUUCAAGGGCCUUUCUCCACUGACCCGGGCUGGAGUUAAGAAGUUCUCUUCCGAGACUGAGGAGCCGAGAAGAGGCGACCUCUUCCUACCCCAUAGGAAAGACGAGCGGCGAGGAUCUCUGGGAGGCCAUUGAGGGUUUGGCCAUGCUGAGGGUUAGACGUUAGCCUUUUGGCUUGAACUCGGAAUGAGAUCCAUAUUCCUCUCCUCAGCUUUCUCCCUGCAGGUUUCCAUAUGCAAUGGACACUGAUCUCAGUUCCCAGGACAGGAAGGACCUGGACAAAUUCAUCAAAUUUUUUGCUUUAAAGACUGUGCAAGUCAUUGUUCAGGCCCGUCUUGGAGAAAAGAUCUGUACUCGAUCAUCAUCCUCACCAACUGGCUCUGAUUGGUUCAACUUGGCAAUCAAAGACAUACCAGAAGUUACUCAUGAAGCAAAAAAAGCUCUGGCGGGACAGCUGCCUGCUGUUGGGAGGUCAAUGUGUGUGGAAAUCUCUCUCAAAACCUCAGAGGGGGAUUCCAUGGAGCUGGAAAUUUGGUGUUUAGAAAUGAAUGAGAAGUGUGAUAAAGAAAUCAAAGUUUCCUACACUGUGUAUAACAGGCUCUCUCUGUUGCUGAAGUCUUUGCUUGCCAUAACCAGGGUGACACCUGCCUACAGACUAUCAAGGAAACAGGGUCAUGAAUAUGUAAUAUUGUACAGGAUAUACUUCGGAGAAGUCCAGCUAAGUGGUCUAGGAGAAGGAUUUCAGACAGUCCGUGUUGGAACAGUGGGUACUCCAUUGGGCACAAUCACUUUGUCUUGUGCCUACAGAAUCAACUUGGCCUUUAUGUCCACAAGGCAGUUUGAGAGGACCCCACCUAUCAUGGGGAUUAUCAUUGAUCACUUUGUGGACCGUCCCUAUCCCAGCUCCUCACCCAUGCACCCCUGCAACUACAGAACAGGUGGUGAGGAAGCUACAGUAGCAUACCCAUCAGUAGAAGACUCUCAAGAGGUCUGCACCACCUCUUUCUCUACUUCUCCUCCAUCCCAGUCUGUUUUUACCAUUACUAAAACACAUUUUCAGAUCCCUUCUCCUGUGGUGGUGGAUACCUUGAAGGGACCUAUGAUGGGGCUGGCUUUUUCACAUCAAUUGAUUGUUCCAGGGAAGGAGGGUGGAAUGCCCCUGAUUCCCAGCCAGCCAGUGCAUGGUACUCAGGCUGAUCAUGAGAGAAUGGUAACAUGCACCCCGUUGGAGGGGGGGCACUACUCUGCAGUUACUCCAUCUAGUAGUGAGGACACAGAAACAGUAUCUAACAGCAGUGAGGGGAAGAGCGGGUCCCCACAUGAUCUCUUGGAGACCAUCUUUAUCAGGAAGGUGGGAGCCUUCGUCAACAAACCUAUCAACCAGGUGACCAUGGCCAGUUUGGACAUUCCUUUUGCUAUGUUUGCUCCCAAAAAUAUUGAGCCAGAAGACAAUGACCCCAUGGUGAAUCCUCCUGAUUCCCCAGAAUUUGAGUCUCCCCUUCAGGGCAGUCUACAUUCGGUGGGCUCCAGCAGCAGCAGCGGUGGGAACAUCCAUGAUGAUUUUGUUAUGGUUGAUUUUAAGCCAGCCUUUUCUAAAGAUGACAUUCUCCCAAUGGACCUGGGGACAUUUUAUCGUGAAUUUCAGAAUCCUCCUCAACUUAGCAGCCUCUCAAUUGACAUUGGGGCUCAAUCCAUGGCAGAAGAUCUGGAUUCGCUGCCAGAGAAACUAGCUGUCCAUGAGAAAAAUGUCAAAGAGUUUGAUGCCUUCGUAGAUACUUUACAGUAAAGCUGCCCGCCUACUAAAGCAGCAGUGAACUUCCUCUUGGACCCCCUGGAAGAGAGAGCCUAUAAAUUCAACCUUCUUUUUCCUCUCCGCCACCCCCAGCCAUUCAUGUAGUAAGCACUGAUUGCUUUCCUAAGUUGGAUACAGACAUGAUUCCAAAUGACUUGGCAUUGAAAGGGGCAUAGUUCCUGUUCCUCCCAGUUUGGGGUUUGUGUUUAAUACAAAGUAUUAGGAAACAAGAAGAUCAUGCCCUUUUCUCCUUCUGUUCUCUCAUCAGUGUCAAGAAAGACUGGAAUGCCUGUUCCUCCAUCUGCAUGAUUCUAGUACUGGUUUUUACAGAGCCACAUUCAGUAGAACUGAUUAAAAAAAUAACACUGAAUGUAAUAAUCCUGUGAGCCUUGGGAGAAUUUCUGCUAUGCGUGCAAAACAUCAGUUCAGCAGAAUUGAUCUGGCUCCUGUGAGUGCCGCCAAGGCACAGGAGGAAGAGGCUAUUGUCUAGUUCUAAUGUCCUAAUCCAGGCAAGCAUAACACUGCAGAUCAGUGUUUGGAAGCAAGAAAUUAGUGGGGGCAUGUUUCCUACCUGAUGUUCAAAUGGGAAAUAAUCCAUAAAAGUUGAAAUGCAUGCUUGCCACAUCUCACCUACUAAUCAAAUUAAGGCCACAAGUAGAAUCUGGGAUAUGAGGAAGAUCCAGUUGAUGGGCUCUACUUAGAGUCAGCAGUUGUAAAUAUGAGUUAGGAAUCCUAAUUCUCUAGGGUUAUUUAAUUAGGGGUCUGUCCUUCACAGUUCCUUCCUUUCCCCACAUUAAUUUUUGCUGCUCUAUCAUAAAACAAAAGAGAAAUAUUUAUACAUGUAAAGGAAACCAAUAUUUAAAGAAAAAAAUGUUUAUGUUUUCACUUUGUUAUAUAGUCAUACAGACUGCUGUAUCCUUUGUCACAUCAAGACUGCUGUAUCAAACAACCCAAUCCCACAGUAAAAGCACCCAUUAUUAUUUAUCUUUAGAACAAACAUGGUUAUUCUGGAACUCA